AUGCCCUGGUUACGAGGCUCCAUUGUGGGCCCCCGAAAGAGCAAACGGAGUAGCGCUGCGGCAAUUGCCGCAGCGCUGGACCAGCCCCAGACGCACGGAGCAGAGCCGAACCAGCCCGACAACCAACAAUUGAAAGCCCCGCAGAAAGGCCAGCAGCAACAGGAACUCAAGCAGCAGGAUCAGAGAGAACACCAACAACAGCCAGACGAAAGCAAUCAUACGCCAGCAGUGGAGUUGCUUGACCAGACGCAGCAGCACUGUUCGACUAAAGAGAGUCAGUCCGAUCCUGGAGAACACCAGCAUAACCCACACCAAGGGAGAAAAGGUCGAGGGGCGAAGGGAGGAGAGGCGUCAGAGUGUCCGCCUCAGCAGCAGCAGGAAGAGCAUGCGACCGCACUUCAAAAAAAAGGGCAACAGGAGGAGCAGGAGGAGCAGGGGCAUCAGCCCCUCGCAGGAGGUUCAGGAGGCAAGCUGGUCCUUCAAGAGGGAGCUCGAGAGGGUCCGUUGCUGCAGAAGGGAUGCGCGGUUUGUGUGCGCAUUCGUCCAGAGUCCUUUGAUGAGGCCCAGACAGGGGCCCCGUGCUGUUUGGAGUUGGGGGCCCGACUGGAGGGCCCCAGGAGUAGGCAGAAUCUGCUGGUUCAUGGCUUGCGUCAACAAGUCCAUCGUUUCUCGUUCGAUAGAAUUUUUGACCAAACAGCGUCUCAGGGGGAAGUCUUUGCGGCUGCAUGCCUACCGGUAGUCCGCUGUGCUCUCUCGGGCAUUUCCGGGGCCGUUCUGGCAUACGGACAAACUGGAUCUGGCAAAACAUAUACAAUGACUGGACCUCUGGACGAAUCACUCGCUGAUCCACUCAUUGACAGGGGGAAAGGCACGCAGCUCAACAAAGCGCAAGCAAUUGCGUAUAACUCCAGACGCGCGCAGUCACCAACAUCUCCCAGCGCGUGGGUUCCUCCAGCAGAUAGGGACCGCAAUCCUGAUACAAGCGCGCAAAAAGCAACUGGAGGAGGAGCUGGUGGACGCCCUUGGCAAGCCUCAGUACUCAGGCAACCCCUUGGCGAGCCUCCUGGGGGCCAUACACGCGCCUCAUAUAAUACUUUUGGCGUGUCCACUUUGCGGGAUCCUGUAGACACCGGUAUCCCCCGUGCUGAGCGACCCCUUCGGGAAAGCCUUUUCUGUAUGGAAGAUGCAGAAGAGGACAGCAUAUUACGAAAGCAUUCCGCUCAAGUAGCUGACAGUAGAGGCCUCAUGCCGAGGGCGCUGGAGGAAUUAUUCAAGUUCAUUGAGACACUGAAGCAUCAAGAGGCAUCAGAAAAGGCUCCAUUAGAGUCUGCACCUAGCGAAAAACUUCCGGAAAGCCGAGGCAGGGCCAUUCGGCGAUCCUCAGAAAAUGAUAGUGGAGUAGCGCAAGGCAUUCCCCAACAAGGACAAAUGGAGAUACAGCUGACUGCAACUCUGGUAGAAAUCUACAAUGAAAAGAUCUUCGAUCUUCUAGACCCAUCGAGAGGUUCUCUAAAUGUGCGCGAGGCUCCGAACGGGCAGACGUUUGUUGUGGAUGCCUUAGAGGCUGAAUUGUACUCCUACCCACAGGCCCUCCAGGUCAUUCGUCGUGGGUUGCAAGGCCGCGCCUGUGGUCGUACGGCAGAGAACUCUGUAUCCUCCCGCAGCCAUGCAGUGCUGUCUUUGACUCUGAGACAGCGCCGCCGCUCCGAAGGGCGACUGACAGAGUCUACCUUAAAUCUGGUUGACCUUGCAGGUAGUGAAAGGGGAGACACAUCGAUGGGAGGCAGGCGGCUCCAGGAAUCUCAAGCCAUCAAUAAGUCUCUUCUCGCUCUGGGCAAUGUUGUCAACGCUCUGGCGGGAGGCUCCCAAAGGGCCGGGGCCCCACAAGGGCCCCACGGCAAAGGGGGUGGGCCCCCGACGAUUGCUGUUGGCCAACAGCAACAGGCCAUAGGCGUGCUACAGCACCUCAUACCGACGGGGGCCCUUGUUUCCUCCGAGGAGCUCUGCCUCCUGCAAGCUGCUAAGGCGGCAGCAAAGGAGGCCAUAUUAGCUGACGCAGCAGCGCACCUCCCGGGGGGCCCCAGAAUACAGCGGGGACCGGAAGCAGGGUUCCCCAAAACCCUGGUGUCCCCCCGAACCACUAGAGCAACAUCUACUGAACGACGCACGCAGUCGUGUCCUCCCUAUAAGGGGCCCCCGCGGCAGAGCUGUGACAGGGGAGAAGCAGCAGCGCUCUGGAGAGGCCGAGAAGGCACUCCAGCUACCGGUAAAGGCUACCAAGGACCCUCCCUUCCCUCUUUGGAAGCGCCGUAA